AGAAGUUUUGUUGUCCCGCAUCGUUGCGGUUGGACUGGACGUUUUUUCAACCAGCUCGAGAUCGAGACACCGGAAACCACAGGUACCGACAAAAAGAUCUCACCUGACGGCCAAGCAGCACCGGGAGGAGGGGAGUCAGAUCCUAAUCAGAAUGGAUGUGGUAAGCCUGAAGGGAACGCUAUCAACAUGUGAGGAGAGCUUCCCAACAGCCUUGGCAGUGUCGCUGGAUAUGGUCAGGGGCCCGGAGCGACUUCCUGCAGAUGAGGAGUUAAAGGAAAUGUUACGAAGGAAACUGCGCAUUCUGCAGGUCGACAGCACCGAGGUCAACGCUCUGUUCACGGAAUUGUGCGCUCAUGUCAUCUCCAUCAACAGUGAAGACAAAGUUAUUUUUGUAAGAUUCAAAACAUUUGAGGAGCUAUGGAAGUUCACUACGUAUUACACAAUAGGUUUCCUAGGUCAGUGUAUGGAGAGUUUGUUGUUAGACCAGGAGUUCUGGCUCAGCUCUUUGGAGGAGAAAGUUGCUGUUGAGGUUUCCAUUCAGGAGGAAACGCUUCACCUUAUCUACAAAGGCAUCCUCAUGCAAGAAGGUUCAUUCUUUGCUAGCUGUAGUGCCAACCAGAUGUUUGACAGCUCCACCUCUGGGGGAGAUCUUUACCUGGAACAGGGAGACAUAGCCCAGUUUGAGCCUCCCUUCCUGGGCUCAGGUUGGACCGUCCUCUGCCUAGCAGAUGGAGCUCGGGGCACAGCUCCCAAACCUGCUCUGGAGCCCGUUAUUCCUUUUCAUCAGUUGUUUCUCAAAUCCUGCGCUGAGAGCGUUUUAGUUGGUGGUGGGAAACCUGCCUGUGACUUCCCUCUGCAGUUUGCCAGAGGAACCUGUCUGGCCAUGAUGGAGUAUGACGCCGAGGGCCCAGAUGAACUAAGCGUGGCUCCAGGUGAUCACAUCAUCAUUGUGGGACUUCUGGUGUCUUGUUUUGAUUGGUUCACAGGGAGGAAGGAAGCGACGGGAGAAGUGGGUCUGGUCAAGACGAGCCUGGUGAAACCGUUGGCCGACGUUUACGACUCAGCAGAUAUUUUACUGGAAGAGGAGGAAGGGAUGUUUUUCAGUCUGCGAGAGGACAAAGUUAUAGAGGAAACAGCUGCCUUAAUCAAGAAGAAAUCUCAAAAUGAUACUGGUCGUAACUAUAAACUCGAUAUCAUCACUUACCAAGAUUCGGAAAAGAAACCAUCAUUCAGCUCUCCGAGUAAAGCUGAUUCUCAGCAGCCUGACCUGAAAAAAAAUAUUCAGAGGAUCCUUGAUCAAGGAAAAGACUCAUCCCCUGUCACCACAAAUGGGACUCUAGAGGACUCGGUCCUGCCCUUAGAGCAGAAAGACCCAACACCUCCCUGUUUCACUGUUCACCCAGUUGUAGAAGGAAACAACAACACUGAGAACUUCAUUCCCCUCUUUUCUUUUUUGGAGGGACAAGACUGCAAAGAAGAGUUUGGCGUCCUGUAUGGACUGAGUUCUGAACUCCUCUCUUCCACUACCUUCUCCGGUCACUCUGAUGAGGAUCAACUGAUUGCCUUUCUGAGUGUCGCUAGAGAAACCGCCAGGAAGAAGCAACUCUUUUGGUCACAGACUCGUUUGUGCUUCCUGUUGGGUAAACUCUGCGCUGGGAGGUCAAAAUUCAGCCAGGCUCGGGUUUACUUUGAGGAGGCCCUCUGUGUUCCACGAGAAGGCUUUAGGGACCUCAAGCUGUUGGCCAACAUCUACUCCAACUUAGCUGCCAUAUAUCUUUUGCAGAAAAAUACGGAAAGUUUUUUUGCUGUGGCAGAGCGACUUGUUGCCUUGAUACUGGGAAUCCCUGAUUGUCUUGAAAGCUUAGAGGACAACUCUGUCCUUAAAUAUCUCCUCAAAAAAGCUGUUCUCGCUCACAACAAAAUGGCAGAGGCCCGGGCUUGUUAUCUGUUGGCAAAGCACCACUGGAUCUGUGCAGAAAGGGCUCAAGCUGCCACUUAUCUUGAGAGACUACUUAUUCUUUGUGCCAAAGCUCAAAGAACAUGGAGCGUCUCUCUCAGUCAUGGAUACCUGGCCCUGGGAAAGCUCUACAGCGAACUCUGCCUUCCCCACCUCAGUGUCAGCUCAGCGAGGAGAGUCUCUCUGCAGCCAUCUGCCAGACUGAGCGACUGUCUUAACAGCAUGGUUCUAGUUCUAGUCAAUGUCAACAAACUGUAUGGAAUCAAAGAACAGGAGGCCUCCAUCCUGCCUCAAGCGGCUCCGUUUUUACGCCAGGCCCUCUCUUUUAUCAAGGUCCAAGGAGGCGUAAGGAACCAAUGCCAUGUUUUGAGCCAUCAGCUCACUGUUUGCCUCAGCCAACUUUUUUACAAGCACAAAAUGGUUGGACAUGCCAUCCACCAAAUGCAUACUCUCAUCAACAACACUCCACCUUUACAGCAAGUCCCCAUCUCUGUGCCGGAAAGAAACAGUGCCCUCAUCUGGCUGGCAUGGCUUCACAUUGACAACAACCAGCCCAGCGUUGCUUUGGAUAUACUGGACUCGGUACUGUCUUCCAUGCCAGAACACUGCACAACCCCUCAGGAAGGCGUAGUCCUCAAUAUGCGUGGUGUGGCUCUUCGAUGUAUGGGUGAUCUCCAGAGGGCGGCAGAGAGCUACCAGGCUGCUGUUGCCAUCUGCCAAGAGUACGAGGACCUGCCAAACUGGGCUGUGGCUCAGGCUAACCUAGGGCUGCUGUGUCUGAAGGCUGGAGCUAAAGGCCUGGCACAGAGGCACCUGACUGAGGCUGUGCAGCUCUUCUCAGAGCUGGAUGAAGAAGGUCAUGAAGCGAACUUCAUCACAGUGCUGCUGGAGCUGGGACAGCACUAUCUGAAACAGCAGCAGCUGCACUAUGGGAAAGGAUGCUACGAGUGGGCUCUGUUGCUGGCUAUCAAUGCCGACCUGUUAGACUGCCAGCUCACUGCAACAAGAAACCUGUGCCAUCUGUACGGGUGUCAGAGUCCAGACCAGGCACAGUGUAUCAUCUACAGCCAGCACCAGGUCCAGCUGCUGAGACGCACAGGAGACAAAGGACAGGAGGGUGAUGCGCUGGAAGCCAUCAGCCAGCUCUAUCUCACUCUGGGUACAGAAAGGGCGUACCGGGCUGCUCUCGACUACACCAAGAGUAGUCUGGGUAUUUUCAUCGAUCUGGGCUGCAGGGAGAAGGAGGCGUAUGGCUGGCUACAGGCUGGGAAGAUCUACCACCUGCUGGGCCAGACUGAACUGGUAGACCUUUAUGUUCAGGCAGCUCAGGAUGUCGCUCUGGGCACAGGAGACACCAGGUUCAUCCUGAAGCUUCUGGAAGCCGCUGGAGACAUUUUCUUCAACAGCUGCCAGGACAGAGACAAGGCCAUCACCUUCUACAGGGACCGUGCUCUGCCCAUCGCUGUGAAGAGCAGCAGUGUUCAUACCAGGCUGAGGUUGUGUAACAAGCUGACUGAAGUGAUGCUUCGUCUCAAACUGUAUGGGGAAGCUGUUGAGUUUGCUCAGACUGCGCUGGAUAUCAGUAUCACCCAAGGUGAGCGUCUCAAUGAGCGAGUGGCCUACCACCGCCUGGCGUCUCUGUACCACUGUCUCGAGCAGUAUGAACUCGCUGAACACCACUACCUGAAGUCCCUGACCCUCUGUCCAACACCUCUCCAGUUUGAUGAGGAGACACUGUACUAUGUCAGGGUCUACCAGACACUAGGGGACAUCAUAUUCUACGACCUGAAGGACCCAUUUGACGCUGCAGGCUACUACCACUUGGCUCUUGCUGCGGCCAUGGAUCUGGGCAACAAGAGGUCUCAGCUGCAGCUGUGCACACGCCUCGCCACCAUCUACCACAACUUCCUCGUCGACCGGGACCUGUCUCUGUUCUUUUACCAGAAGGCAAGAGGAUUCGCUGCAGAGCUGAACGUGAGAAGGAUUAACAUCUCACCGGAUCAGCAUUACAGCACCACGGGAAAAUAUUCUUUCAUUAGGAAAACAAACUUUUUGCUAGACACGUGAAGAUGGGAAACUUCAGCAGAUGAAUGAAUGUGUUAUUUUUUUAUUUUUUAUUUGUUUCACAAAAAUCUGAUUUAAUGAAAAACGCUGCAUUAUGUUUACAGCACAGAGUCGUCAGCGGAUCAUAGCCCUCUGUGGAGACGAUGAAGAUGAGGUUAAGGUUUUAAUUGUCGGCUGCAUUGUGCUGUAUGCACAAGAUUCAAGAUUAGUGUCCAACGAGGCCUUCAUUUAUCCACGAUAAAUAAAUAAGAAGAAAACAAGUGAAACCUUUACGUAAUCAUCUUUUUUUUUUUAAUUUCAUGAAAACCAAAAAUACAUAGGACAUGUCAGGAAAGCAACGUUACUGCUACUCUAGUAGUGACUCUUUUCUGGACUGUGUUUAGUAUUUUCUGUUUUAUUUUGAAGUUACGUUCCUGGUGUGACUCCUGGUCUUUUUGCCCCUGUGUUCUUAUGGCUUUUCCUCCUUUUUUCCUGUUUUUGUUCACAUUUACACUUUUGAGUUUAUGUUUCUGAGUGGUUCUUUUUCCCUUUCGUGGAUGUCUUUGGUUCGUUUCUUGAGUUUUGUAAUCUUCCUUCUCUGCGUCCCUUCUUCCAUCUCCAAACGGGUUCAUUUCAGUCAUCCAAUCUCAAAACACUGACAGCAGUUUACGAGUCGCGAUGUGCCAAAUAUUCAGUAGAGACACAGGAAAAGAAAGAAUAGUCGGAUAAACAUUACCACGUGCUGUCUGUGUCCCUCUGUUACCCUCAGAAACAGAGCGUACUCCUGCUGAACAAGGAGCCCCUGUGUCUCCUCGAGUGACGGACUAUUUCAAAUAAACACACCCAUGACUGGGUGAGAAACACAUGUCUCGGUCGCCGCCCCCCUCUUGUCUGUCCAAACAAACCUGGACUGUCGUCGAUCCAUGGACUUGAACGCUCCACAUCCCGCUUCCCCCUCUGUGACCGUCAGCCUCUCAGAGGAAAGUGAGGAUUAAAAACAGCCUCACAUCUGUAGCGUGUGUGUGUAUGUGUAUGUGAGAAACAACAUUUUUUCAACGUGAGGCCAUUUUUGCACCACAAAAAAAAUCCACUUUUUUUAAAACCUGAGUCUUGUUUUUGUAGUUCUGUUCAUUCUCCCUGACAGUUGUGAUUCAUUUAUCUGGGGACACUGACUCAAACAGCUUCGCAGCCAGAGUGCACAUGGCAACAACACCAUAUUUAUGGAUCCAAACCAUUUUAAAGUGAGGACCUGUAACUUUUUGAAAGAAGGA